AUGCUCAGAGAUAACGAGAAGACCGGUGGUGGUGAUGAUGAUAAUGUUGUCAUUACCCAUGAUGCCCUGAAUACCACAUCAACGCCUACCAAGAAAAGAGAAGACUCAUCCACCACGCAUGAUACUAGCAGCAAUACUGAGAGCACCACGGUCGACGAUAAUAUGACAGCGAUUCGGCAACGUCUCAAACGUAAACUUGAUAUCCGGUUGGCGAUUUGGGCCUUUUUGGGAUUCUUUGCCCUAUUUCUCGAUAAGAGCAAUCUACCGAAUGCCUAUGUCAGUGGCAUGAGAGAAGACUUGGAUCUAGAAUCGGUCGCAUACAAUUGGGCUGAUACGAUUAUGAGCAUAAGCCUUAAUGUAUCCCAGAUCCCCGUUGGCUUGAUCCUACCCAGGAUUUACCCACGAUGGUUUUUUCCAACAUUACCUGUAGUAUGGGGCAUCAUCCAAUGCUGCAUGGCCUUUGUCAAGAACCAUCAAGGAUUGCUAGCGUUACGUUUUUGUCUUGGUGUUGCUCAAUCGGCCAUCCAACCAGGUAUGGCAUACUUGUUGGGAACAUGGUAUACCGAAAACGAGGUUGCAAAACGCAUCACAUCCUUUAGGUCAGCAUUGGGCGUGUCUUCUGCUGUUGGGGGUCUUAUUGCUGGCGGGAUAGUACAAACCAUGGCCAAUCGAGCAGGCCUAAGAGCAUGGCAAUGGAUUUUUGUCAUUGAAGGUUUAAUUGCUGUGGUUAUUGGACUUGCUGGAUACGUGAUGGUGCCAAACUACCCUCACCAAACAACAUCGUGGAUCACCGACCAUGAGAGAAAGGCCACCCUUGAUAUACAAACAUCACGAGAUGCUACCAUUUCUACAUCCUCUUCGCCAUACAAAUGGAUAAAUAUCAAGAAUCUCGUUAUCUCACCUUAUCCAUGGCUCAUUGGGUGCAUCAUGAUGUUCUCGGUCAUCUUGAGGCAGAUGACAAUGAUGUUUGUCAUCAUUUUAAACGACUUGGGUUAUGAUAGCGCCUUUGCAAAUUACAUGUCAACGCCCAUGCAUAUCUUUGGCGCCAUCAUUGGUAUAGCUAUUGGGUGGAGUGCCGAUUGGUUUGGUGACCGUGUGAUUCACUUGUUGGUUAUUGGCAUCUGGGCCACUAUUUGGAGCGUGGUGCUUGUAGCCGUUCGUCGAGGAGAUACACCUGUGCCUUUGGUUUUUGCAUCAUCCUAUGCCUUAGAUCCAUUACCAGUGGUUCAAUCUUUGGGACUCGUAUGGGUCCUGGUUAUCUACAAGAGCAAUCCAAACCUACGUGCCUUAACAGUCGGCCUAGUCAGCUGCAUUGCGAUGCUUAUACCAAGCUUUCUCAAUGUCAAACUUUGGCUUGUCACCGAUUCACCUGUGUUUUGGCUUGGUAAAAUCGCCAACGUGGGCUUUGGGUGUGCCAUGAUCUUGAUCAUCUUGGUAGUUUGGUUCCUUCUACGUAUCCAAUUUAGACUCCCACAACCUGCUUCUAAUAGCAUGACGUCCGAAGAGACUCAAAUAAAUACAAAAGCUGGUGUUGCUUAG